UCUUUACAUAGUAAUGAAGGACAAAAAAUAUUUUGUUCCACCAACUUUCCAGCCUCACACAACACAAAUAUCAGUUGUUUCAGGUUCUAGUUGCCUUGAUGUUAAGAAAAAAAGUGUUGGGUACACAGACGGAAAAUAUUUGAUUGAUCCAGAUGGAGAUGGCCAAAGCAUGCCAUUCGAAGUGAAGUGUGAUAUGACGUCAUUUGGUGGUGGAUGGACAAUGUGUUAUACAACAGACAGUCAUGUCAAUAUAAAGACUGAACUCACUACUACACCUGAACUGGGAUAUCGAGCAGACUGUAACAACAUUCCGUUCACUGAAGUGAUGUUUGUCGAUGAAGCAUCUAAACAAAAUGCAGCUUUUACCAAAGUUGAUGGUUCACCUAUCACAUUUGCUGGUAAUUAUGAUAAGAAUGCAGCGUCAUAUGGCUUAUGGAAAGCAAAAAAAGGUGGUGUGGCCACGACGAAAUACAAAUAUCAAAUGCUGAUCUGUGACACAUCCUUCCUUAAGGGUCUCUUUGUGUCUGGGUAUACCAAUGACUGCUACAAAGUAUGCAAUUACUGGUGUAAUGACACAUCGUCUGCACAUUUUCGAACAUCUUCUAUCACAAACCUAGGCCUACAAGGUGUCGCUUUCAACGAGAAUGGACAUGGGGUAAAACCAAAUCGUCUGAUAAGUGUAGGAAUUCGUUAAGAUGUC